AUGGAAAUUCAAAAGCUUGAGCAUCGUUCAGUAAUAAAGUUUCUUGUUUUGGAAGGACAUUCUCCAUCCAAUAUUUAUGAACGUAUGGUGGUAGUUUAUGGUGACCAUGCUCCAUCACGUACAAGAGUUUUUGAAUGGGCUCAUCGUUUUAAAGAUGGGCGAUUAAGUAUUGAAGAUGAUCCUAAAUGUGGUCGACCAAUUACUGCAACGGACGAUCAAACUGUUAAAGCUAUUGAAAGUCUAAUCAUCGAAGAUCGCCGAAUUACAAUUCAUCAAAUAGCAGAUGCCGUAGGCAUUUCAACCGGCACAGUAGAUGGUAUCAUUCAUGAUCAAUUACAUAUGACUAAAGUUUCUGCAAGAUGGGUACCACAUUUACUAACACCUGAUCAAAGAUAUGAACGUGUUCAAGCAUGUCAAGAACUUUUGGCUCGCUAUUCAACGGAAGGAAACGACUUUCUUUUUCGAAUUAUAACUGGUGAUGAAUCGUGGCUUUAUUAUUAUGAUCCUGAAUCAAAACAAUCAUCAAAACAAUGGAAACGAGCUGAUUCACCACCCCCAACAAAACUUAAACAACAAAAGUCGGCUGGCAAAGUUUUAUAUUCGUUUUUCUGGGAUCACAAAGGAAUAAUUCUUAAACAGUCUGUACCGGCAGGUGUAACAAUAACGAAGACAUAUUAUGCAAAUAUUUUGGUAAAUGAACUUCAUCCAGAAAUUAAAAAACAACGGCGAGGUUUAAUUUCAGCUGGUGUAAUUCUUCAUCAUCAUAAUGCACCAGCACACAUAUCACAUCUUGUUUCUUCUACUAUCCACGAUUUAAAAUACGAAUUGCUUCGUCAUCCACCUUAUUCUCCAGAUUUGGCUCCCAGCGAUUAUUUUCUGUUUCCUGUUUUAAAAGAUCAUCUCAAAGGAAGACACUACGAUGAUCGAAGUUCAUUAGGAUCAUCAGUAUAUCAGUGUCUGAACAGUAUGUCUAAAGAUGACUUUACAGCAGCUAUACUAAAACUUCCAGAACGUUGGCAAAAGUGUAUUUCGGCAGAGGGACGAUACUUCGAGAAAGAGCACAUACAUUAA